AGUUUAACUGAGGAUUUCAUUUAUGAGUAAAUGUUGAACUUGUUGCUGCUGUGUGAGGUGUCAUCACUCCGUACGUGUCGCUUCAGUAAGUUUGAACUUGUAACAGUUGACAAAUUACAGCCAUUUUAUUUUCUGAUAUCUGUUACGUGAGCCUUUAUUGGAAGUCAUGUGAGAACCAUCUCUCACCCACUCAGGCAGUCACACGGUAGGGACAGUCAGGUGACGAAGUAGGUGGAGUUUUCCCACCUUGGUCAUUUGCAAUGGAGAUAGUUUAGCAGCACGGAUUUAUCACAUAUCCGCUGUUGGACCGGUUUGCUUUGAGGAUUGCUCUGCUCAUUCAUCCCGGUCGUAAAGCCGACCUGAGCCCUGCAGCCCAGGCCUCUCUGUGCAGCUGAGCCGUUUCCUACUCAAUUCUGAUGCUGAUGGCCUCGUUAAGGCGACUAUUACCUCUUUUCUCUGCAGCCUGCGGGAAGCCCCACCACGGCCAUUUUCAUGGUCACACCACCCACGGGCAUCCAGAGGUGGCAAACUAAACGAACCUGCGGGGGUUUGAAGAGGGAAACACUUUGUUUCUUAUCACGAGCUAGGCGUGGUGUUAAAGUUCCCAAGAACACACCAUCUCCUGCUGUGUAGCUGUACGAUUUGUAAUAUCAAAUGAUUAAAAUGUCAAGAUUGAACAUGAUUCAGCCACAUAGAAAUUCAUUUUGGUAACGUCCGCAUUUCUGAUGCAGGAGGAUGACAUCAGGCUCACGUAUAUGCUUCUGCUGCAGGAGCGCAAAAAGUGUUGACCUGAAAUGGCGCUGUAUUAAUUGUAGUCUUGUUUUUAACUCGUACUCACUAAUGACUGUCUUAAUACGAAGAUGCGUAAGAUCUGAAGCAGUUCGUUUUCAGUCUUACAUUUACUACUUUGAAGAUUCUGAAUCUUGAAGAUUCACUCCAACCGUCUGACAACUUAAACGAAAUGCAUACAUUUUUUGCCAAGUGCACAAACUGCCGUCGAGAAAUUGGGUUUUCUUUGGCUGAAUAGUCUGUGCGCACUACAGGACUCCCCAAAUCCCCCCACCUGUGCGCUUCCCUUCUCUGGCUCCCCGCGGUGAGGGCCUACUCUGAUAGGUCCAGAGGGUUAAUGGGACUGGCCUUCAGGGCAGCAGGCUCUCAGCGUACAGUAUAAAGCCUCAGCUUUCAUUACUACAGCAAACAGAUGGUUUACAGGGUUUGAGAGGAACCAGACCUUUUACGCAUGAAUAAGAGCCUUUUGAUUUUUACGCACAGCGUUUUGGAACACUCUGCGUGCGAAGAUGACUCUCUCCAGUGAAUUUGAAGCUUCACAACACGCAGCUUUGCCUCUAGACGAGGAUGAGAUUGACAUAGUGGGCGAGGAUGAGCCUACCCACGGGCGUUUAUACAGAAAUGAGUGCUCCACGGACCCCGGCUCCUCGGCAGAAUCUGGCGCUGAAUUUGACUCGUCAGAGCCGGACUCCUCGGGGGAAAGCGAGAACAGUUUCUGCGCAGACGCACCGCCGUCCAGGAAAGCCCAGAACAGCUCGGUGAAGCCUCCCUACUCCUACAUUGCCCUCAUCACCAUGGCCAUCCUGCAGAGCCCGAUGAAGAAGCUGACGCUGAGUGGCAUCUGUGACUUCAUCAGCAACAAGUUUCCCUACUACAGAGACAAGUUCCCCGCUUGGCAGAACUCCAUCAGGCACAACCUCUCUCUAAACGACUGUUUCAUCAAGAUCCCGAGGGAACCCGGAAACCCGGGAAAAGGUAACUACUGGUCUCUGGACCCUGCUUCAGAAGACAUGUUCGACAACGGCAGCUUUCUUCGGCGAAGGAAGCGCUUCAAGCGAAACCACCCCGAGCUCAGCAAAGACGGACUUAUGUUUUAUUCCAACUUGAACUGCUACCGGCCAUACGGGCAACCGUAUUGCGUACAGGGCCAGGUAAGCCCCCCACACGCUGCUCCUAUCCGGUACAUGCCCCUGCAGGAGAACAUCAUGAUGCCCCCCUCUUCCUAUCACCUCUUACCUCAGACUCUGAACACUCACGGGAAGUGCAGUGGGCCUAAAGACUUCAGGGCGCAGCUUUGCGCAGCAGAAGCCCCUGAGCCAAAGCCUGGCCCGCAGAGAAAGUGCUCUUUCAGCAUCGACAGCAUCAUGAGCAAACCCACUCCCGUCAAUCCACAGAACCCAAAUCCACAGCAGAACCGUCACAGCGCUCUUGGGUACAGUCAUCUCAUGUCGGGCCCUGCUGCCUGUCUGGUUCCGACGAUCCUGCAGGCUCCCAGGACUCCAUUCUGCCCUCCUGCCAUGCUGAGCACUGCUCCUUUAAUAAAUGAGCAUCUCAGACUCUCUUACCCUCCCUGCUGAAGGCUUUUGUCGUGUGAAACCUCUCAGUGUCUAAAUGUUCGAUGCUAUGUGAAGACACGUUUUUGUAGCUCAUUUCUUAAAGAAAUGUUUUAAUUGCAUGAUAUUUAUGUGCGUUGACAGUCAAAAGGAAUGUCUUUAAAGAAACCAAUGUAAAUAAGAUGAGUGCUAAUAUAUUUGUGGAAGUUGCUGCAGUGGAAACCCUCGUUGAUGAAUGUGUUUUUGUUCUUAAUUAACGUGUCAAAAUAAAUGAAAAUAUCUGACAUUUAAAUCUCUUUAUUUGGUCUAGUAAUUUCCUGUUUAGAGUCUAUUCUUAAUAUAACUUUUGCCGCAAAAACCAAAACAAACUAAAAACCUUUGAGUUGAAAUAGGCCGAAAUUCGAUUACGCUUCAAUUUGAAGCGUUUCAAGCAAAAAUAAUGAUGAUGCCAGCUGUUCAAUUAAACUUGCAGAGGCCCCCGCUGAUGAAAUGACGAAACUGAUCAAAUAAAUUUGAGUGUGAUUUUCAACUGUUUAAACCUCCGCAGUUUAUUCUUCCUUACCCCAACAUACUUCUGUGUAAGAAAGGCAUUGAAGCGUGUCCCUGUCGUAACCAUUACGAUUCCAUUUCUCAGAAUUAAGAGUUUAAAGGAUGAA